UGAAUUUGUUUGACGUAUUCAAGAAUUUCAUUGAAAAGUACUAUAUAUUCAAAUACAGCUAAUUUGAAACUAAUUAAAACUAAUGAUUCAAGGAAGUGUUAACUAAUUUUUAACUUAUCAUUAAAUACAAUUUCUAUUUUAAAAUCGGUUUAAUUGUAGACAACUUCCUCCUUAUAAACGAUUUUCUAUUAUUACGUUAUUUAAUAUUUAUUUCAAUCCAUUGGUGCAAAGUUUCAAAGCUCAAGUCAAUUAAACAAAACCAAAAAUGCCGAAAGAGUUCAUCGAAAUGGAGAUACCGGUGCCGUACGGGUCUAUUAAGGCCAAGGCGUGGGGAAGUGCUUCGACCCAUUCCCACCAGAUAUUAGCCCUUCAUGGAUGGCAAGACAACGCCGGCAGCUUUGAUACACUCAUUCCUCUGCUGCCCGACUCUGUCUAUGUGUUGGCGGUAGACCUUCCAGGACACGGCCUGUCCUCACACCUGCCACCCGGCUGUCCAUAUCAUGACUUAGUAUUCCUAAUGGAAGUGAAACGAGUUGUGGAUCACAUGAAUUGGACAAAGUUCACGAUAUUAGGCCAUUCAAUGGGAGCGGCCAUUGGAAUGUUCUAUUCGUGUCUUUACCCGAAGACUGUGACAAAAGUGAUAGCAAUAGAUAUGAUAAAACCCCUCAGCUUUCCGGCUGAAGAGUUGGCCAAACGGACGUCCGAUGGCAUCAAUGCAUUCCUCACAUUAGAGCACAAGAAUAGUAUUCCUCCCGUUUAUGAUCACAAGACAACUGUGGAGAAGAUGAUCAGCGCUCACGCCAUAUACGGCUCACUCACCGAAGAGGCGGCCGAAUGUCUGCUCAAAAGAGGGGCAAAAGUGUCUUCCGAUGGAAAGGGAGAGUAUUUUACUCGCGAUAAUCGGAUUAAAGCGGUUCUCUUCCAGCGUAUGGAUAGUGAGGCUCUUCUUAAUUAUUUGCAAAAUAUUGAAUGCGAACUCAUUAUCAUUAAAGCCAAGAAUGGUAUUCAACUCGACCCCCAAGAAGUGAACCAAAAGUUCAUUCAAUUGUAUGAACGCAAGUGUAAGACAUUUAAACUGAUCGAAGUGGAGGGUCAACAUCACGUGCAUCUCAUUGAACCACAAAAUGUGGUCUCUUUUAUCACAAAUGAAUUUAAUAUAACGAAUGGAAAUUGAUUUUGGACUCAAUUAACUAAACUAUUAAUGAAUACCGUAAAUACAGUAUAUUUAGCUAUUUUGUUGAGAUUAUCAAAUGCCGG